ACUACGUCCUUCCAAUUCAUUUCUUCCCUUCCAUCUCUCUCUCUCUCUCUCUGUCUAGAAACACAUCUCAGAUAUGGAUAGUGUUCAUCAAGAAGAUCAAGAAUCCAUCCAUCAACCUCUCCUUAAUUCUCCAUUGAAAUCACCACCAUCAACACCGGAGCAUCAUCAUCGUCAUGAAUCAAUUGAUGAACUAGAAAGAGUACUCAGUGACACAGAAUUGUCACAAUUUGAGCGUCUCCGAUUGGCUUCCUCCAUCGAAUUGAAGCUUCUCUUCCACCUCGCCGCCCCUGCCGUGGCUGUGUAUAUGAUCAACUACUUCAUGUCCAUGUCUACCCAGAUUUUCUCCGGUCAUCUUGGUAAUCUUGAGCUCGCCGCCGCCUCCCUCGGCAAUACUGGCAUUCAAGUUCUCACCUAUGGUCUCAUGUUAGGAAUGGGAAGUGCAGUGGAGACGCUAUGUGGACAAGCUUAUGGGGCAUCGAAGUACGAAAUGCUUGGAAUCUAUUUGCAGAGAUCGACGAUUCUUCUCAUGGCAACUGGGAUUCCACUCAUGAUGAUCUACAUCUUCUGCAAACCCAUCUUGAUUCUCAUCGGUCAGUCUCCGAUGAUUGCAUCGGCUGCUGCGGUGUUCGUAUAUGGAUUAAUCCCACAGAUAUUCGCGUACGCAGCUAAUUUCCCAAUCCAGAAAUUCUUGCAAGCACAGAGCAUCGUAGCCCCAAGUGCUUACAUAUCCACGGCGACACUUGUUCUGCAUCUGUUCUUGAGCUGGCUUGGGAUUUACAAGUUGGGAUUGGGGCUUUUAGGGGCAUCGUUGGUGUUGAGUUUGUCUUGGUGGAUCAUUGUGGCGGCUCAGUUCGUGUAUAUCGUGACGAGUGAGCGAUGCAAGGAAACAUGGAAGGGGUUUACGCUGCAAGCUUUCUCUGGGUUGCCGGAUUUCUUGAAGCUAUCUGUUUCAUCGGCGGUGAUGCUUUGCUUGGAGACUUGGUACAUGCAGAUACUGGUUCUUCUCGCCGGUUUGCUGGAAAACCCUGCAGUUGCUUUGGAUUCUCUAUCCAUUUGUAUGACUAUAUCUGGAUGGGUUUUCAUGAUUUCCGUCGGAUUCAAUGCAGCUGCAAGUGUAAGGGUGAGCAACGAGCUUGGAGCUGGAAACCCAAGAUCAGCAGCAUUCUCCGUGGUGAUGGUGAAUUUGGUCUCUUUCAUAACAGCAGUUAUAGCUGCAGGUGUUGUGCUUGCGCUUCGUCAUGUAAUCAGCUACGCCUUCACGGAUGGCGAAACCGUCGCUGACGCUGUCUCAGACCUUUGCCCACUCUUAGGCAUUACUCUCAUACUCAAUGGGAUCCAACCCGUCUUAUCAGGUGUGGCUGUUGGCUGUGGAUGGCAAACGUUUGUUGCUUAUGUUAAUGUGGGAUGCUAUUACCUUGUUGGAAUCCCAUUAGGGGCCUUACUGGGUUUCAAAUUCAACCUCGGUGCUAAGGGAAUAUGGACUGGAAUGAUAGGUGGCACGCUAAUGCAGACUAUCAUAUUGUUAUGGGUCACAUAUCGAACCGACUGGAAUAAAGAGGUAGAGGAAGCUCAGAAACGUUUGGCAAAGUGGUCGGACAAGAAGGAACCACUGUUGGAGUGAGAAAACGUAAAGCUUCAGCCAUGGAUAUUCACAGAAAUCGCACAAAUGAAUUGAGUGGAUUUUACUUUUCUGAUUCUCUCUAAGCACGCUUCAAAAGCUUCUAAAAUGCAAUUUUCAUGAUAUUUGAAACUACAAUUGUAAAGCCAUUGAUCUAA